AUGUUUGAUACCCCAAACAACCACGCGUUUAAUCAGGUUUCCUACUUCUUGUUUACUAUGUUGGAUGCGGCCCGUGCGGCAGAGGAUUUCAAAGACUGUUCUUUUCUGCUAGGAGGAGUCGUCGCAGUUCGUGAAUUUAGGAGGCAGUGUUUGGCAUGGUUGAAAGAUAUUGCAAAUGAAGAUCAAACCAUUCUUCCACAAAUUACACCUUCUUUGUUUGUUUAUCCUGGAGGUCCUAAAAUUGUUAAUGUAUUCUGUCAGCUUGCAAGACAUGUAGUGAUUGAAGACAUGAAAAGGAACUGCACAGGUACUGAUACAUCUUUUGCUGAAGUUGUAAAGUUGACACCUCAGGAUAGUUACAUGGCAGAUGCAAGAUGUAGAGUCGCGUACAAUAAACUUCUGCAGAUUUUUCAAAAAGAAGAUUUUGUUAUUCAAGAAUAUGAGAAAAAAGCACAGCUUUUAAUUACAGAAAUAAAACAGAUGAAGUCUGAAUAUGCAGCCCUGCAGAUACAGCCUGGCAAGAUAGAGCAGAAUGACCAAAAAGAAAAUGACAGAAUGAAGAGAAUUCAAAAGGUCCGCAGUAUGUGGACACUUAUAACGGAAGUGCUUGCAUCUCUGAAAAAAGAAAAGGAAGUUGUGGAUUCUGUACUUGAAGAUUGUGCUGUUCAGUGCAUUUUAGAUGGAACUAGUGUUGUUAUCUCUGUUCCAAGGAUAUUGGCUGACAGAAUUGAAGGUGACAUGCACCAACGUUUUACAGGAAAUACAUAUGAAGAUGAAAACCUGAAUUUCGUAACAGUCAUUCAGUUAUUAAAUGAAGCCCUGAAAACAUUGAAAGAUGAACGAUGUGAAACUGAGUUAAAUCAAGAACUUCAAGACAUGGAGAACAGUCUUAUACUCUGCAGUAGAGCACUACACGAUUUGAAAGCAAAGAGGCUAAAAAUAGAGCAAGAGCAUUUGGUGUCAACUAUUUCCAAAGAACAGGGAGACUGGGAAGCGAAGUGGAAAAACUGUCUUGGCGAGUGUCCUUUCAAUUUAAUCUUGGAUCAGUGUCCAGCUCUUAAAUUAAUGGCUUUGCAACCCCAGUCUUCUGAUGUUGAAGAAGAUGAUGAUGAUGAGGAUGUCUUUUCUCAGCUUCUAGUAUCACUUCCAGAUGUUUGUGAUGCUGAAGUACAUGAUGAGAAAGAUGAUGGCCCAUUUGAAACUGUGAUGGAUGUGGCAAUGCCAUCACCAAGCUGCAGAAAUCCCCCCUUACCCCCAAGGAUCUCUUCAGUGCCUUUGAAGUUGUCAGAAGUAUCAGAAAACAGAGAUGUGUCGACUGAAAAGAACUUACAUACUAAAACUAGUGAAAGGGAAAAAAAGCCUGUGCCUCCAAAGCUCUUAGAAAAUGGAAGGGAUGAGUCUGCCAGUUCAGAAACGCGGGACAAUGCAGGUGAUCACAUAAUCCAGACAGAGUCUGCUGACAAAGAAGACUUUCUUAGGAAAAGCAAAGACGAUUUGGCAGAACAGGUUGGAAGAACAGUGAUGUCUGAUUCACCUGAGAGUUCUGAAGAGAAAGGAAUGGCAUUAGAAGAUCUCAUUAGCUCACUGGCUUUUAACCCAUUUUUAACAAGGAAACAAAUUCCCCGAACUCCAGAAAAUCUACUUACUGAAAUUAGAAGCUCAUGGAGAAAAGCUAUUCAAUCUGAGGGCUCAUCAGAGACAGAGCUGUCCCAAACUGAAGUAACGGUAGAAGCAGCUCCAAUAGAUGUUACAUCUACAGUGCAGAAUGCGGCAGACUCAGCACUUGUGUGCUCUAUCCCUGCAUCACCUCUACCUGACUUUGAUCUUCCCUUGUCAGAAAGGAAGUCCCAAUUAAGUUCUACAGAAUUUAGACCUCAAGAGCAGAUGAAGAUAAAUCACAUCAUUGAAUCUCCAGUUUCAGAAACAUCUGGAAUGCUGAAGAGUGAGGGAACUGAAGAGCAGGAACUGGAAUGUACUAUUUGGAGCAAAAGUUGUGUAGAAGAUACAAAAGAACUGAAGAGCAUGAAUACUCCAAAUAUUUGUUCAGAAGACAAUAGGGGAACAGGUGUUUUGCCCUCAGACAGCUUUGAAGGUUCUGUAGUGGAUGGGAUGCUGCACUGGGAUGUCCCUUCAUUAUUAAAUUUUGUCUGUUGUGAAUCUAACCACUUGGGGAUAUGGAAUGAGACACUUCCAGAAGAAUUUAACACAGAUUCUAACAUAUCUGCAAGCUCAGAAGAUAGCUUUUGUGUAACAGACAGUGUGUUUGUAACAGGUAGUUCAAAAAAUAAGGGAGAUACUGAAAAAUCAAAGCUAGAUCCACAGUCCCCAUUCAACACACAUAAAUCACUUGAAAGGACUGCAUGUAGAAGUGAAGAUGAGCUGCAUCAAACACAUAAUAGAGGUGAAUCUGUAGCCUGUAGAUCAGCUUUAAGUCAUACACCAGAAGGAAAAGAUGAAUUUUACAGUCCUCUAAAACUCUUCUGCUUAGAUGAAAAAUUUACCAGGACACCAUCACCAGUAGCUUUUAAUGAAAUAAAAUAUUCCCUGUCAUCUUUGUUGGUAUCCUGUCAACAUCUGGGGGAAAUGGCAUCAAGGAUACACGAAGUCCCAUUCGACUUAAUACCUAAAUCAGAGGAUGAAGAGCAGUUGAAUAAGAAGCCAGACACAAAGGAGCCAUCAUCAGGAUAG